UAGACAUAGUCAAACCAAAGGCAAUACAAGUUACAGUGCUGAGAUUACAUUUGCAAAGCUUAACUGUCCAGUGAGAUCCAACAGUCUGCCUUUGCGACCCUGAAGCCGGCGUGGUUUGGGGACUCUGAAGAAGCCACAGGCAGCCGGCCUGGACUGGAAUCACUGAAAAGACACCCCAGGAGACCCCAGGGCGUAAAAGUACUGCCCUUCCAAUAGAGGAAGCAAGUUGGAGAUUGCACAGCGCCUUCUCUGAACAUUAUAUACAGACGUGGCCAGUCUGGAUGUAAGUGUCUAGGUGGACCUGAUAUUUCGGUGACAGUUUCUGGCGACUCCGCCGGGACUCUCCUAGCUCGGACAUUGGACUCUGGAUGGCUGCAGCGAACUGGAAACUGCGCCAACAGGGUGUUUCGCCCCUUUUCUUUGCUUCACCGCAGCCCCUGGGGUUCAUGCUCCGAUAAGACCUCCCAUGGCUUCUCCCAGGCUAGAGACCUACUGCUGUCCCAACCGGGAUGCAGCCACGCAACUGGUGCUGACUUUCCAGCCUGAGGUUUUCUGUGGAGUUUGCAUUGGCAGUGCCACAGUCAGUCUGCUGCUCAGCAUCCUGCAGCUCCUUCCCAAGCAGGGACAGAGUCCCCGGAAGAUGCCAAAAGCUUCAUCCUCAACCAUUCUUCUCCUCAUCUCCGUUUGUGACAUCCUGGGUGGCCUAGGUAUAAUCUUCAGAUCAACUGUAUGGAUAGGCUUCCCAGACUUCAUAGCAAACAUCUCUGUGGUGAAUGGAACUGAUGUGUGGCCUUCUGCCUUCUGUGUGGGAAGUGCAAUGUGGAUCCAGCUCUUGUACAGUGCUGGCUUCUGGUGGCUGUUUUGCUAUGCUGUAGAUUCCUACUUGGUGGUUAGAAGAUCAGCAGGGCUAAGUACAAUUGUGUUGUACCACAUGAUGACAUGGGGCCUGGCAAUCCUGCUGUGUGUGGAGGGAAUUGCCAUGCUUUACUACCCUUCCGUUGCUAGUUGUGAAAAUGGCCUGCAGCAUGCAAUUCCUCAUUACAUCACUACCUAUGCCCCACUUCUGCUAGUUUUGGUGGCCAAUCCAAUCCUCUUUAGAAGGACAGUAACAGGAGUUGCCUCAUUGCUCAAAGGAAGACAAGGAAUCUACACAGAGAAUGAAAGACGCCUGGGGACGGAGAUUCAGCUCCGCUUUUUCAAAAUUAUGCUGGUGUUCAUUAUAUGCUGGUUACCGAAUAUCAUCAAUGAGAGCCUGUUGUUCUACCUUGAAAUGCAGCCAGAUAUCAAUGGAAGCCCCCUGAAAAAUGUUAGAAAUGCUGCACUGAUCACAUGGAUUAUAAUGGGAGUGCUGAAUCCAAUGCAAGGCUUUCUCUUCACACUCACUUUUUAUGGCUGGACCGGGUGGAAACUGAACCUCAAGUGGCAAAAGAGAGAAAUACCGUGGGAAUCAAUGUCCACAUCAGCUGUUGCUGACAAUGGCUACCCUUCUGCCAUUGGCUCCUCUGUGAACUACCAAAGCAACAUCCACGACUCGAAGAAGACAACAGCAGCCAGCAGCCAGCAGACCGACGAGGCCUUAAGCAUGCUGUCUGAAGGUUCUGAUGCUAGCACAAUUGAAAUCCAGAUCCCAAGUGAGCUACAUGACUUAGAGGAUAAUGAUCCUGAUGCUGAAUAACUGGAAAACUGUGGAAGGCAUAAAAUGGGUAUCUGGAGACACAAAGACGUUCUCAAGGAUUUGCCUGAUUGUUUUCCCUCUUUUAUAAUGCACGUAUCUUUCUCCCUUGCCCCCCAGCAACACCUUCAGUACAUGUCACUUGCUCUUAACAAUUUUCUAGCAUUCAAAUUGAAAGAGCACUUUUUUUUUUUGAUAGAUUUAAAUGGCCUGAGCUGUGGACUAGACAUAGAGGGCCAGAUUCAGAGAUAAUGUUUACGGUGGUGUGAGUUAGGAUCCUUUACAUUCACUCUUCCUCAUACAUGGCCAGGAAGUCUAGAAAGUGUAAGUUAAAAUACAGAAGAAGCACCUACUUAUGAGGUGCUUUCUCUGUUCAGCUCUCUCUUCUCACCCUUUAGUAUGUAAACGUAACAGGGUGUGCUUCCUUGUGUCUAGGUCUGGGAAUGUAGCUCUCACUGCAUCCGGUGCCUCCUUGCUGCGCAUUGGUCUGCAAGUUGCUUCUGUAACUUGGCCCUCUGGCCAGGUCACCAUUUCAUACAAUCAUAGAAUAUCAGGGUUGGAAGGGACCUCAGGA